UUCGAAAUCCGUCUGUUUGUUGGAAAAAUCUCGUCGCACAUACUCGCGUAGAGGUACGACUUAGGACCUCAUUUGGUAUGUGUUUCUUCGAUUGAACGGUCCAGUCUCAUCAUCCGCCCAGCCGAAACGCCCACGAGACUGAGGAGAGUGUUGCUGCUGAUUAUAAGCUUGAACUCGAACUCGACUUCCACUAAUUAUGACUAAUCAGCAUCAUUACACCAUUGAAUUAGAAGGGUGAGUAGGACAUGAUGUUAUAAUUAAUAUUUGACAUUACCUUCGGUUUUAAUUAAUAUUGAAAUAACUUUGAAAUUGGCAUGGAAAACAAUAACUCAAAAUUUGAAGAUGAGACGUCUCAAUUUCAAUUUCAAAGUGCUAUCAUUGUGGAAAGCGUAAUUAAAUUGUUAAGGCUCCUCCUAAUACAUAGUCUCUUUCCUUUAAUGGUGAAAUUUGGCACAUAAUCCUAAUAUGUUAUUUUCUUUCUUUUCAUUACUAAUGACUCGUGUUUACUGACAACAACCAAUAACAAGCGGUGGAUCAUUGUGGCGGAUAGAGUAUACCCGUAUUCUUCAACUCAUUGUGUCUCCGUUCAAACUCUCCCAUGGUAACGCCCAAUCAAAACAAAGCCAAGAAGGAACAGGGUAUUUUACUCAUAAAUUGGGUGAUAAUUCAUGGUUAAUUACCACCAUCGCUUUCAUGUUUGUUUAUUUUUGAAUUAUGUGAUGACCCAACUAACCCCCACUUAUCUCGGCUGACCCAUAAACAAAAAACCCACUUUAGUUUCUCAGUGCCAAAACCAUUUCUUCUGUUUCUUCUCUGUUUUUCUUCUCCUCUCUUCCAACUCCGUCCGGCGGCCGAAGAUGGAGGAAGAAGGCAUAAGAGCCUUCGGGUGGAAGCCCAUCGGAGAUGCCAAAACCCUAUGUGCAACAUUGUUUUCUGUGUUGACGUCUCUUGUCAUGGUACUUCUGUUCCUGUGGACCAUUUGGUCCGAAUCUGGAGUUGCAGACACGCCGGGGAUAAAGCGGGAGUCGAACAAUUGGGCAUUCUGCGUCGGAGUUCUAACUCUAGUUCUCGGUUUCUUGUUUUUGGCUGCUGGUCUUUCUUUACUAGCAAACUUGGUUAUGAAACUCUCGGAACAAUUGCAGAAGAGGCAGGAGGAGUCCAGGAAACCUCAAGCUCAAGCAGGGAAGCUGAAGACGAUAUGCAUUGUCAGCCGCAUAGUUGUGAGUAUCAUCGCAAUGAUCAUGCUGGCAUGGGCAAUCAAAACUGGAUUUAGGCUUGCAACUGAACCUAGAAGAGAAGGCAAAUAUUAUCCUCUAGCAUCGCCAGUUGGUGUCGUGACUGAAGUAAGACUAAUUGACAGCAUAUUCCUCUGGACUUAG